AUGUCUCAGCCAUCACCCCACCGCAAUUCUGAUGAUUCCUCGCCUCAUAAUCAUUCGCCCCAUUCCAACUCUAGCUCUGCAACUUCAAGUUCCCACCCAACAGCCUCAUCCAUCUUCCACAAUUUCGGAAAGAGUCGUUUCUGGCCCAGUCAUUGGUUUCAAUCGGGAGAUGAUGCCAAGAAAGAUUCAUCACAAGUACAACGAGAUCUCAAAGAGAUUGAACAAAUUCUAGUAAAAACAUUGGAAGAAGAUCAAUUGAAAAAGAGUGAUCAUUCCAGUCCAUCAAGAACAUUGGAAGGCUCUUCUUCCUCAUGUGCAAACACUGUUUCAUCAUCGGAAGUGUCUUCAGGUGAAGCCUUGCAUCAUCAUCUCACCCAAACAAGCAUUAAGAGAGAAAUUAAAACAACGGAAGAUUUUAUUGAUCGGGAAGUAAGGCUUUGGUUGUCCUCCUGUAAGAAUGAUUCGAAUUGUCCUCUUUCACCCAUCUAUACUCCCAAAUUGAAAUCUAUUCAAGACAUUUUCAGCCAGGCAAUGCAAGGAAAGAAUCUUAAUGCUUCCUCUUCUUCAAUGAGUAAGAAGAAAAAACCAUCAAUAAUGGAUGUUGUAGAGGAGCCUGAUAUUAAAUAUUAUGGAAUUGAUGAGAAGGAAAGCUGGUUCAUUUCUCCAUUGACAAUGAGACUUUCUUUUUUGAUGUGUCAUAUCCUUCGAAAUAUGGAGAGAAACCAAUCAACGUCUCCGAGUGAAAAUUGA